AUGAAUUCUUUCGAUGAUUCAUCUGUUGACAAUUUUUAUCAAUUUCCUUCUUGGUCAACAUCGUUAACCCGGUCACAUACAAUUCUAUCAAGUAAAACAACUCAUAAUAGAUUUAAACUACGCAUUGACAACCGAAGUCAAUUUGGAGAUACAUCAAAACAGUAUCUUAGCCGACAAAAUGUUCGAUUUUUGACAGAAUCAUCACGUAUAUAUUCUCCACAACCACUUCAUCAACCAACUCCAACACCUGAUCUUUGUUCAACAAUAGACCAAGCGUCAUCACACUCAUCAAAUUAUCAAGCUCGUCAUUUAACGCCUAUUCGAGUGAAAUCAGCCAUGUUAACAGUACCAAUAAAAUCAAAUUCUGAAGAAACUUUAUCGAAAAAUUUUCCCAAGCAAAUUCAUGAAAGACGUAAAAUAAUGCAAGAUAGAUUACGGCAAAAACAAUUAACUCAGAGAUUUGUAGAAGCAGAUACAGAUACUUGGUUUCAAUUAAGAGAAUCAUUAGCAGAAUUAAAACGUCUUGCAAAAAAUGACGAACUUCUUGUAGAUCCAACUACUUCGAUUUUCAAUUGUGAUGGAUUUUCUUUUGAAGCACUUAAACAAGUUGUGGAUACACAGCUAGAAGGCCAAAAAGUGUGCAACUUAAAAUAUGAAUCAGGUAAAUAUCAAUCAAUUAAUUCAACAGCUGCUUCGAAUAUUCGUUUACCAACAAAGUUACGCCCAUCAAAAAAUCCUCUAUCACAUUCUCAAUUAAAACGUCGAUCGACAGAAACUUAUCCUCAUUCAGCUUUUGAACCAUUAGUCGUAGCAGCAAAACCAAUUCAUUCUCUUCUGUUAAACACUAAUACUCAUUCAUCUAAAACAACAAAACGUAAACAAACAAAGCCACCAGCAACAGCACCAGCCCGUGUUCGUUCUCCUUCACCAUCAAUAAUCAUACCAUCGAUUUCUGAAAAAUAUGUUCAAUUAUUAACAUCUAAUUUAUCUACUAAUGAUGAUCCUCGGGUAUCAUCAACACCAUCGCCAGACUUACAAAAUAUUAGAAAAGAAGACGAAGAAAAACCAUCCGGUCGAUUAAUUUCACAAACGUCCAAUUGUUCAGAAGUCCUUUCAAGUGUACCAUUGAAAUCUAAGAUAAAAUUGAAACCUCAAGUUCCCCGGUGUCAUAGUGCCAUGGAAAUGAAAUGUUCAUUUCUAUCAAAUAAAAAUUAUCCACGUUUUAUUUUAAUAACUGAUGAAGAACAUCGAAUUGAAAGUUGGUAUCAUCAAUAUCCAUUCAUUCUUAGUGAUGAUCUUCUUCAAUCAUUUCAAUCAAAACCAAAUAACAGCACAAUUUCAGCUUAUUUUAUUGAUGAUAAUCAACAUUUCUUAAAUUCAAACGUAACAACUAAAACAUUUCUUCAAGGUAAACUCUUUCAUAUAAAUAAUGACUGGAAGAAAUAUGAUCUUAUUUUCAUAUCAAAUAAUAUUUAUCAACAAAUAAUUAUUUAUUUACAAACAAUCAUCGAUUUAACUAUAAAAUCAUCAGGAAAAAGAAUUCAUAUUUAUCAAAUAAAUCAUCAUCAAGAUUUGAAAACACAAGUUAGAUAUAUAUGUAAACAAUUAAAUCAACGUUUUUGUUCUCAUGAUUAA